AUGGAAAGCAACAAGCAGAUGAAUUCCAAAGGCGUUAUUCACUUCACAAACGCACAGCUGAGUGCGAUCGAUGAGUACGAGGAAUACAGAAGAAUUGUUGGAGAGGACGAUGGAGGCGUACUUUUCACACCAAAACAGUAUGAAGAAUACAAGCAAAAAUACAUUCCAUUA